AACAUUUACAUAUUGAUAUCAUUCGUGCUGGCUUAUUCACUUUUAUAUAUACCUUUCACACUUUUCCAUCGCGUUUAUUCGUUGAAACUGAUCAUACCGUAAUUCUCGAACUGCCGGAAAUCAAAUGAGACGUUUUUUAGUUUUCGGUUUGCUGUUCGUAUCAGUUGCGGGUCAACAGCAAGUACCUGUAAUCCAACAGGCUCCGCCAAAUUCACCAGCUCAGCAACAACAGCAAGCUCAGGCUCAUGCUCCACCGGCUCAGGCCAAGCCGAUCGUCCAACAAACCCAACCUGCUCAAAAACAACAAGCUCAAGCUCCACCAGCUGCUCAGCAAAUUCCUGUAGUUCAGCAGGCCCCACCUGCUCAACCAGCACAGCAAAAGCCAGUGGCUCAGGCCCCGCCGGCUCAGGCCAAGCCGACUGUUCAGCAAGCUCCAAUACUAGUGGCUCAAGCUCCGCCAAAUCCGCCUGCUCCCCAAGCUCAACAACAUCAAGCUCCAGCUCCACCAGCUGCUAGGCAAAUUCCUGUCCAGCAACCUCCCAAACCUGUAGUCCAGCAGGCUCCUGCUCAACAAGCUCCAAAGUCAGUGGCUCAGGCACCGCCGGCUCAGGCCAAGCCGAUUGUUCAGCAAGCUCAAGCUCAGCCUGUAGUCCAGAAGGCUCCUACACAACAACCUCCAGUAGUUCAACAAACUCCUCCACCUCAGCAACCUGUGGUUCAGGCUCCAGUGGCUCAACAAGCUCCACCAUCACAGCCACAACAGGCUCAAGCUCAGCCUGUAGUUCAGCAGGCCCCGCCUGUUCAACAGGCUUCACCAAAACCAGUGGCUCAACCGGUUCAACAGCAACCAGUGGUUCAAGCUCCACCUAAGCCAAUAGUUCAGCAGGCUCCGGUAGUUCAACAAGCUCCACCGCCAAAGCAACAACAGGCCCAAGCUCAGCCAGUACAGCAGCCGCCAAAUCCAGCACCGGUUGUACAACAAGCCUCGGCUCCAGUCCAACAAGCUCCGCCAAAACCAGUUCCUCAGCAGACUCCUCCAGUCCAACAAGCUCCACCAAAGCCGGCUGUUCAACAAGCUCCGACCCGAGCUGCUCCGGCUCCGCCAAAACCAGCGCCCCAGCAGGCUCCCCCAGUUCAACAGAAUCCUCCUAAGCCGGCUGUUCAACAAGCCCAGGCCCCAGUAGUACAACAAGCCCCUGCUCCACCAGUGCAGCAAGCUCCGCCAAAACCAACACCUCAGCAGGCUCCCCCGGUCCGACAGAAUCCUCCUAUGCCGGCUGUUCAACAGGCCCCAUCCUCACAACAGGCCACACAGGCUCCGCCAAAGCCAGCUCCUCAGCAGGCUCCCCCAGUUCAACAAAAUCCUCCAAAACCUACACCUUCUCCAGCACCACCAGCUCAGAAGGCCCAGCCCGUUACCCAACAACAGGCUUCAGCUCCGCCGACUUCACCAAGUGCACCGGUUCAAGCUCCGAAUACCCCUACUCAGAAGGCUUCAAGCCAAGAUCCGAUUGUCCAGCAGGAUCCACCACCAAAAGAGCCAUCAAUUUCUAGUGAACCUACAACCACAAAGAAGCCCAGAAAAUCGUUCUCUCCGGGAUCAGCCACACCUAAACAUACACAACCUUCAGAAAAUGGCAAAGCCUCGGGCAAGACUGUUGGCAAGGAAAAGGAAUCCAAUUCUCCAGAACUCUCACCAAACGUUAUCUUCGCAAUUUCUGGAGCAUUUUUCGUGUUACUUGGGAUAUGUCUGUUGAAAUGCUGCAAACGAAUUUCAACAGAGGAUAAAUUAAAAAUGUUGUGAUUUUAUUAUUUUUUUCAAUUGUAGUUUUAACUUGGAGUUUUGUAACGAUCUAAUUAAUGAUCUUUUCUUUGUUUUUUUUUCCAUUUUUUUAUUUUUUUCUAAAUCAUAAAUUUCUCUGAUAUGUUUUUGAAAUGUCUAAAAUAAAACCAAAUUUUCAAU